AUGGCGGCGGCGGAGCCGGUUCUGUGCGGGGUCUGCAGCGUCUCCGCGUCCCGCUACACGUGCCCGCGCUGCCACCGCUGCCUCUGCUCCCUGCGCUGCUACCGCGCCCACGGCGCCUGCGCCGAGGCCUUUUACCGCGAUCAGGUUCUUGAGGCGUUGCGUGCUGAGCGUUGUUCCCCCCCGGGCCCCGCGCCGCCCGGGCUGCGCGAACUACUCGAGCCCGGGGCUCCAGCGGAGCCUACGGGCCGCGGGCUGUGGGAACAGCUCAGCGAGGCGGAGCGCGACGAAUUCCGGCGGCUGCUGAGUUCCGGGGAGGCCGCGGCGCUGCUGCCGCGGUGGCGACCGUGGUGGUGGCGCGGGCGGGGACGAGUGGAGGAGGUCGACGACGGCUCGGGGGCCGAGGAGGAGGACGGUGAAGGUCGGCCCGGCCCCGCGCCGCCCGUCCCGACCUCGGUGCCCCCGCUGAGUGCCCUCCGCGCCGCGCCGCCGUCUCCCUUGGUGCGGUUCCAGCUGCCGAACGCGCUGUUCGGUUACGCCUUCGCGCUGAGCCUGCACGGCGGGGACGAGACGCUGCUCCCCGAGAUUCCCGACGCCGCCGUCGCCGCCUCGGCCGCGCUCCGCGACCGCCGCCCCUUCACCAGCACGGCCGAGGCGCUGCUGAGCGCCCGGCAGGACGCCCGGGCCGCGGGGCUGCCCCUGAGUCCCCUCGGCGACAGCGGGGCGCUCCUGGCCGUGGCGCAGCUGCUGGAGGGUCGCGACAGUCGCGACCCCGGCGCCGACGUGGCAGCGGCUUUGUGGCACCUGUGGCGGCUGCUGAAGGCGGGGGCGCGGGCGCUGCCGUCCCCCGAGCGGGGCCGCUUCCGAGAGGCCCGCAGGAAGGUCGGGUUCCUGCUGAGCUGGAGCCGGGGAGCCACCGAGGAGCUCCCCCAGCUCGCCCAGGAGGCGCGGGCCGUUCACGCCGAGGUGGCCGCCGAGGAGGCGGUGGUGGCCCAAAUCAGGGAGGGGCUGGAGAAGAUGUGGGGAAGCCCCCGGCCGCCCUCCAGGGAGGGGCGGGUGGAUGGGGCGCUCUGGAUGGUCACAGACGGGGCCCGGCCGCUCAGGGAGGCGGCCGGGGAGGUUCCCGGGGGUCCCUGGCCGCCCCCGGGUGCCGGUGCUGACAAGGGGGGGGCGCAGGGUCGGCGGCUGAUCGAGGAGCUGGACUGAGAUGGGGAGACCCCAAGGAAACGUCCCGGGGAGAGAAUCCGCUGGUGAACGUCCGAAGGAACCGGGCCCGGGAAAGCUGCUGGGAAGGGACAGGACCACUGAACGGCCAAGGGAACUGUGCCUGGAGUGACUCGCGUUCAGCCGUGGGACCGGGGAGAUCCUGGCGGAGGAGACCCCGCUCACAUCCAGCAAACCAGUCCGAGGAAUGAUGGCACUCAAGGAACAGGACUCGCUGGGAGAGGGGAUUCAGGAGAGAACCUGCUCCUCAGUGAUCCAGACUAAGGAAGAGCCAAGGAACCAGACCCAGACUUGCUCGUUAAGGGGCAGGACUAAAAAACAUUCCACAAACAAGUGCUGGGACCUUCACCAAGGAGUGGGACUCAUUAAGGACGGGACUAACGGGUGGUGAAAUACCAUUAGGAGAGACCCUGAAUUAAUUAAGGCUCUGGCCUAAGGUAAGGGUGGGAAAGCUGCAGUAAGGGAUGGGAAUAACCAGAUCCCAAAGAAACGGAAUCGGGAGCGACCUUCCUUCUUAACGACCUGGUUAAAGAACAUCCGGGAAUGAACGGACCCCAAACAAGUUCCUUGUGGUAAUUAACGAGUGUGGGCACUGAUUAAUUAAUUAAUGUGGGUGCUGAUUAAUGAAGGGGGCACUAAUUAAUAAAAGGGGGUGCUGAUGAG